UGGGAGGGUUGGUGGGUGGUAGGUAGGAAGUAAUAAAGGGUGGGAGCGAAGAGGACGUAAAGAGGAAGGAAGGGAGGAUAAAGUAAAGGGUAGUGCGCGAGUGCCGAAGAAGAAAAUGCCGAGGAGUAGACAGUGCUUAACCUAGUGCACUUCGAGCCGCGUAUAUUAGCGUUCGAGGAAGCAGACCUCGAUCCUUCACCUUCGUACUCGCCCCACGAGAUCUACAAAAGCCCAAUCCUGGACGUUCUGGCGCUGACAGCUGGACGGACGGACAAGUGGAGAUGUCCGAGGCUGCUCUCUGAGAGGAUGAGGGAGCUGGACACGGAGAGCCCAGUCGUCUGGCCGGCUUGGUGUUAUACUGGUGAGGUGUCCAGCGAGAGCACGAACGCGGGAGGACCUGGACAACGUGGAGACCGAGGGGAGGCAGCCGACCUAGCAACUCACUCCGAGGCGAACGAGGCGGCAGCAGCGGCGGCGGCGGCAGCAGCGGCUGGGGUGGCUAGCAGGGUCAGCGGCAUCCUGGCUGCUAACACGGUGGCGACACUCGAUGCGAGGGGCGCCAGUCCCCAGGGGGCUACGCAUCUCUCGGGGGCGGCGACCCCAAGACCACCCCGGGGUAGAAGGCGACUACAAAAUCACAAUGGUAUCGACGCACCUCAGGUGAAGUCGGAAAGACUGACUCCUGACAAUAACUCUACGUCUUCGAGGAGCGUGACGCCUUCUUCCUCGGGUCAUCCAGGCACGCCACCUAAUGCGACGUGUCUGGGUUCCGAUGGACCGGCUAGUGGACCACCAUCGCAUCAUCUCAAGCACAUGGAACAAAUGAUGGGCCGAAAUUACAGCGACUUCAUGAGGAGUCUGGCUGCCAAGUACAAUAAUGCCAAUCCCAAUGACUACUUCAGCGCCUCGAGGAACGGCUACUCCGCUGGUUUGGAGCCAAGGUUCUCGGGCUUCAAGAACGCGGCUACGCCGUUCGUGGGCCUGAUGUCGCCACUGGGUGCGACCGGACAUCAAGCGCCCCAAAUAUCUGCUGGGUCAGCCUCGGUCAUCAGCGCCAAAGAGCCUAAGGAGCCCAAACAAUCGGAGCCAAGCGCCGCCGGGACCGGGGGCCUCUUUGGCAGCCCGGCUAAUCUCUUCCCGCCGAUGCUCGACAUGUCCUCGACGCAGGCCCUCCUCCACAUGGUGCGGACGGCCAACGCUGCCCAGAGCGCAGCCGAGCUCGAAAGCUACCUCAAGGGUGCCAACAAACGCGAGGCUGGCCUAAGCAGCCCCCUGGAUCUCUCCACCCCUAGUGGGUUCGUACCACGAAAGCGACCUCGGACCUUGGAGAGUCGCAGGCCCGGCAGCGUCUCGCCCAAGCCCAGCAAACUGCCGGUAAUACCCGGCGCUCCUAUUCCCAGUCCGACGGCGCCCGCAACGCCUGCGAUGCCGAUCACGACCGCCCGAACUCCUACGCCGGCCGCGGCUCAGACGACGACCCCGAGGCCCGGAAGUCCGCCAACCAUUAGGUGUCCCUCGCUCUGCGGGCAUAUGCCGUGCGGUGACGGUCAGGCGGUCAAUCGCUGGUCGGUCGAAGACGUUGUCACCUUUGUGUCCUCCAUCGACAUCUGUGCUGAGUAUACACAGAAGUUUCGCGAGCACAGGAUCGACGGAGCAGCACUUCCCCUCCUUUCGGAGGAGCAUCUGACGGGGCCGAUGGGUAUGAAGCUUGGCCCGGCCCUUAAGCUUCGCGUCCUCUUGGCCCGCAAGCUCGGCGCCUGCACCGUCUGCCUCCACUGCGCCCAUUGCCACCAAACGCCCUUGGCGCCGGCCCUGAGCGCAGCCGCGGCGGUAGCAGCGGCGGCGGCUGCAGCCCACGCCCAGCAGCAGACGCCCAGCAGGCGGUCCAGCGCUAGCGCCAAUUGACAAACCCAGGCGGAGCUCCCACGUGCCGGCAAGGACCUGAACCGGGUCCUCAAGAUCGAGCGACCCAAGACCCUGCCACCGCCGCCGGUGAGCUUUGGCAAGUCGCGCGUGCUUUUCAAGAAGCCGAUAAAGCACUGACGGCCGUCCCAGGAGCUCCGCCUUAUCUCGACCCGAACCUUCAACACUGAUCGCCCAAUGUCGACGAACGUACUAACACUGCUGAGUGUAUCGACCGAUGUAUCCGAGAGGGGCGCUCACCGUUCCGCUCGUUACUUGCUUCGAUGCGCGGGCUUCGACUUGCGGCACAAUCGAUAGCCUUACCGAUAAAGUAAAUAAUUGUGUUCGCCAUUGGUUUCAGAAGCUUUCUUCACCACCGACCUUUCCGCCUAAGUCCUCGGACUGCGCUCUCCUCACCCCACGCCACCCAUUCACACUUAACGAAAGCUCUUGUUCGUCAUGAUCCAACUAGUAAUGAUACACUUUACUUUGUAAUUACGCAUACUCAAGCUCGUCGAGUGUAUAUAAAAUCUUUCGUCGCACUAAAUUAACCAAUUAUUGAUUUAGAUUUCGAUAUUAAUAAGAGUGAAUGAAUGAAUGUGAAAUUCCCGUCCCUAAAGUCUCGUAAUUCUUAUAAAGGACCAUCUAAAUUUCUAGGCAUGUUGGAACUUACCAUCGUGACCAUGUAUUCUUAAGUAAUUGGUUCGAUAAUAUUAUGUGAGCUAAGAAUUCUAAAAUGUAAAUCUAACUCGACAUGACAGAAGAUGCAUCAUCGUAAUUAUAUUUUUGAUAGAUAAAUGACCUCUCGGGUGCAUUGCGAAUUAUUAAGCGUUUAAAGUAAAUGUAGUUUGUAACUGGACUACAACGAUUGUACAAAUGACUUACUUCCAGCGUACUUAAUUGAAGGCGAUAUACAGCGAAAUUGAGAUGAUCUGAUGAUCUAUGUGCAAUAAAGACAGAUACGCAUCUGUAAAACGCAGGAUUGCAAUUCUAGUGAUGCUUUUAUAUACUUUAAUGAGGUUCACCUUGACUUUUACUAUAAAAUUUAUGCAAUCGAAAUCGAGUUAUUCAGUAGAUACAUUAAAUUUUACAUUAUUAUCCAUUAUGUAUUAUGCAGACGAGCGAAUAUUUCAUAUUUAUCCGUCAAAGUUAUGAACUUGACAUUAUUUAAUUGCCUUAUAAAAUUCAAAGCGCACCUCAUUAUAAAAGAAACAAAUGGAUAUGAAUGCGUGUUUACUUGAAUCGUUGUUUCUUAUUUGUAUAGAUUUUAACGGAUAUUUUAUACCCGAUAAAUAUUAAAAUGGUAAACAAUAUUUUUGCUAAUACCUUCACUUAUUGUGCUGCAUUCGAUUACAGAACAUAAGCCGCCAACGAACGAUCCUGUAUUCUACCUUUCAUAUUUCGGUUGGUUUUUAGGGAUUCUCGAUUCUCUUUUACGUGUGAAUCGUUCAUUAUCAAACUGGUUCUCGAGAAAAACAAACACAAUACAAACACAAACAAUAUACAAUAUAC